AUUACUUGGUGCACAAACGAGUCCACAAUUUAGUUUCUCGCGGUGACGCUAAAACCCUUUAAACAAGCUUAUAUUUUUGACUUUUCUGCAGUAUUUUAAACGUUCGAAUGUGGGGCGAACGUGGAAUAAGUGUCCAAUAAAUUCUACCCCAUAGACUCAGGAAAAACCAAAAUUGUGAACUCAAGGACAACAAACGUCUUCGUUGGACUGGAAUUCUACGAGUCAUCUUCCCUAUUUUGGCAUCGGUUCUAGCACGAUCAUGCUAUGAAUUUGGCUCCACAAUGUCCCUGUACAGCCGUGUCCGUCCAUCGAGGGUGCUGAAAUGCAUCCAGCAGCAGAUCUUCCACCUCCACCCAAUCAGUCCUCUGUCUGUGCCAAGUAGAACCAUUAUGCAUGGCGAAUACAGACGUCCCGGCAUGCCCAGAGAAAACAAACUUCCGUGGCAGUAUAUCAACUUUAACUUCUCCAAAGGUUUAGCGGGCAUCAAGAAGCACUUCACCCUGCUGAAGAAGGAGUUCCUCGACGGGUGGGUGGGUCCGCAGGGGAAGCCCCUUAUUGAGCACAUGAAGGAGCAGAACCGACUGGUUUGGGAGUUCCGAGGCCCAGAGAGCCUGGAGCAGUGGAUCGUGUCGUCAGAUCUUGAGAUCGGAGGCAAAAGUGAGGUCUAUGUGAAAGUGGGCAGAAACAACAACACCUGUUUGCUCUACGGGACUCUGAGGUCUACGCCACCCCAGGACGGAGAAACACGCUACAGCGGAUACUGCACCAUGCGCUCCAAGCAGCCCCUGGCCUCUUUUGAUAGAAAGAAACACUACGACUGGACCAGUUUCAACACGCUGCACCUCAGGGUGCGUGGCGACGGCCGACCGUGGAUGAUCAACAUCGCCGCCGAAACCUUCUUCUCCCACCAGAAGGACGACAUGUACAACUACUUCCUGUAUACCAGAGGAGGACCCUACUGGCAGGACAUCAAGAUUCCCUUUUCAAAGUUUUUCCUGACACAUCGUGGAAGAAUUCAAGAUGGUCAGUGUUGUCUGUGGCUGGACAAGAUCAACACCGUCGGCUUUACCCUGGCAGAUAAAGCCGACGGUCCCUUCCAGCUGGAGAUCGACUAUAUUGGCGUCUGCAAAGAUCGCGCUCACUUGUCGGAGUUUGACUACGAGCUGCACAAGAGGAACCCGGAGGUUCCCUGACUCACACAUUUGCAUAAUGGGUGAUGUCAAACAUGACACCAUUGGGUGAUGAACAACACACUUGUGUAAAAUCCAGACUUUUUAUUUUGAAAAAAAAAGCAACAUUUAGACAAUAUAUUUUUUACUUUCCCAAAAGCAAGUUCAAACUAAAUCCAAAUCACUAAAAAAAGCACAGAAGCUAAAAUGCGAACAAGCUGCUGCUACCUGGUGAGAUCGACUCAUAGUGCGGACGUGAAAAUAUUUACAAAAAGACAGCUUGAGAAACAUUUACGUCAUCACAAGGCCUCUUCGAGCACACAGCAUGGCGGACUUCUUUUGCUUGCGAUCUUCUGCUUGUUUCACUUGCCUCUCGUCCCUUCUAGGGGCAGAAUCCAAAAAAAUGCAGCCGUUAUUUACAGGACUCAUUAGCAAAAUAUUUAGUAAUUAUUCAGGCCUGGGCUGAUACAUUUUGCUAGACGAUAAAUUAUUGGCGAUAAAUGAUACUAUCAACAUUAUUUUGAGAUCAAAUUAACCACUGAUGAAAUAGAAGUAGAAUAGAUAAAGUAAGUAUACCCUUUCAAAAGCAAUUCACUUUUAUUACUCGUAUAUUUUAAUGUAAACUUUGAAAUAUUAAAGUUAAAUAAAACAAAAAUGAAAUAAACUGAUAUAACCGUGACGGUGAUCAUUAUUAUUGAAUGUGCUCAAAAAGCACUUUAAACACACUGAAAUCUUUUAACCAAGAUGUUUUUUUAAAUGACAAAUAAAUAGCCACACAAUAUACUUUUGGCAGAGGAAACAUUAAAUAUUGUCCGGCUUCAUAAGAGCCAUCACUUUUAUUUUGUGCUUGAAUAGGUUUAUCUUCGUCCAUUUUAUUUUUUUAAAUAAUGUUUUUUUUAAUAAACGCAAAUUGGGCGAUCACUUCAGGUGUAUGUGAUGUCAUGCAAGUUCACUUCCUGUUGAGUAUACUGUCCAUCAAUCACUUUGUGCAAAAGCCUUUAUGUUCAAUGCGAAUAUUGUAACUUAGUUGUUUAGAUAGUAACGUGCUUGAAUAAGUUCAGAUUGGGGUAUGAUAUUGUCUCGUUAGCAUUAAUCUAGCAAGCUAAAUCUACCGUAUUUGUCGGACUAUAAGUCGCAGUUUUUUUUUGCGACUUAUACUCAGGAGCGACUUAUGUGUGAAAUUAUUAACACAUUAGCGUAAAAUAUCAAAUAAUAUUAUUUAGCUCAUUCACGUAAGAGACUAGACGUAUAAGAUUUCAUGGGAUUUAGCGAUUAGGAGUGACACAUUGUUUGGUAAACGUAUAGCAUGUUCUAUAUGUUAUAGUUAUUUGAAUGACUCUUACCAUAAUAUGUUACGUUAACAUACCAGGCACGUUCUCAGUUGGUUAUUUAUGCCUCAUAUAACGUACACUUAUUCAGCCUGUUGGUCACUAUUCUUUAUUUAUUUUAAAUUGCCUUUUAAAUAUCUAUUCUUGGUGUUGGGUUUUAUCAAAUAAAUUUCCCCAAAAAAUGCGACUUAUAUAUGUUUUUUCCCUUCUUUAUUAUGCAUUUUCGGCCGGUGCGACUUAUACUCCUGAGUGACUUAUACUCCGAAAAAAUACGAUAUUUACUUUAUUUAAAUAAUACGAAAAUGUAUAUAUUAGGGCUGCAACUAACGAUUAAUUUGAUAAUCGAUUAAUCUGUCGAUUAUUACUUCGAUUAAUCGCGUAAUAAUCGGAUAAAAGAGACAAACUACAUUUCUAUCCUUUCCAGUAUUUUAUUGGAAAAAAAACAGCAUACUGGCACCAUACUUAUUUUGAUUAUUGUUUCUCAGCUGUUUGUACAUGUUGCAGUUUAUAAAUAAAGGUUUAUUUAAAAUAAAAAAAUUAAAAUUAAAAAGCCUCUGCGCAUGCGCAUAGCAUAGAUCCAAUGAAUCGAUGACUAAAUUAAUCAGCAACUAUUUUUAUAAUCGAUUAGUUGUUGCAGCUCUAGUAUAUAUUGCAUGCUUAGAAUAAUUAUAAAAAGGUACACUUUAUUUGUAAUUAUUACAUUUGUCUGAAUAAUUUGAUGGCGUACUAUUUUAUACUUAUUUAAUACAGUGAAGAUUACGUAACUGUUUAAUUGCAUAUAUGGCGGAAGGAUCUGUGUGGUAAUAUGGUUUGGACACAAUGUAUUGUGGGUAAUGGCAGUCAGGUAUGGGGGAAUCGAGCCACACAGUUUUUUUUUACCUUACUCUUACUUUUUCUAACUGUUUCCUACUGUAACAAACUCGCUUUAUUUUGCCAUUCGUUUCCUCCCACGUCGUUAUUGUUUUACGUUUUUGAAUGAUUAAGUUGACAAGUAAACGAUACAAAACGAAGAGGAGCGUCUGGAGUUUUGUUUGUUGUUGCCGCAGCAAGCGGGAGCAGGAGAAAGUAGAGGAGCGUCAAGCUAAGACUUCGUUAGGAAUCUACACCAACCACCAGGAGUUGUAUAGUGGUUAUUGUUAGAAUAAUUGUUUCUAAAUUAUCACAAAAAAGCUUUGUAUUACAUUGAGUUCCUGGCAGGGGGACGGGAGCUGUCUUUGGGGCCUACCAGGACCACUGCGACUUCAAAGCGGACAGAUGGCAGGAUCUGCCCAAUUUCCAGACGAACUCUUUUUGAGGUAUUUUACAAACCCUUUUUGAACUAUUUUAUGGAACUCUUUUUGAACUAUUUUACGACCUCUUCUUUUGAACUGUUCGGUAACCAAAGGCAACGCUGUUUACGACCCACUUCCCUUUGGAAGCAGCUGUGGUCAGGCGGGGGGAGAAAGUCAAAUAAAGAAGGAGUGCAAUCUUUUGGCAGAGCGCGGGCGACACUGUAAGAGGUUACAGGUCGACAUGUUUUCUCCUCAAUAUUGAGUCCAAAUUGAAUUCUGCCUCUGUUUGAUUCUUUGCCUCUUGUCUUGUUUAAUAGAUGUCAUCAGUGUUUGAACCUGACAGUUAUGUUUAUUAGGGUUUAUGUACAUAUCGUACAAACGCCGGCAGCCAAAAAAAAUAUGCAAAUCAGGACUUGAAGGCCGUAAACAUGCGUGCACUCGGCGAUUACCGAGGCUGGCAAAGUUGCCGAGUUCAUUUUCAUCUAUCGUUCGAUUCAUUGACUUAUUGAGUAUCAGCCCAGGUCUGUAAUGAACACACUUUGACCUUCCAACCUACCUGGUCUGGACUUUGUGCUGCUUGUAGUUCUGCUGACGGGGGUUGGAGAUGAGCGAUUUGUCGGCGGUCUUGACGUCACUCACGUCACCGAACGGCUUGAGCUUGCCUAGUAACGAGGAUGGGAAAAAAGGUCACACAUCAGAAAGAAAAGCACUCGAAAGGAUAAGAAAGUUAUUCCUGAGGAAGACCUGUGUGAGGCUUGUAGGCGAGUGGACGAGACAGGCUGGCCUUCAGGUCAAAAGUCCCCUUCUUCUGCGUCGCUGGUGUUAAGCUGCUUGUGUUGCCCGUGAAGACAAAUGUUGCUUUGAGGGGGGAAAAACAAAACAGGUAUUCAGGUAUUUCUUCAUUUUCACCUCGUUCUUCUUUUUAAUGUACCGUAAUUCUCGGUCUAUAAGCAGCUACCGUAUUUUUCGGACUAUAAGGCGCACUUAAACUCCUUUCAUUUUCUCAAAACUCGACACUGCGCCUUAUAACCCGGUGCGCCUAAUGUACGGAACACUUCUGGUUGUGCUUACCGACCUCGAAGCUAUGUUAUUUGGGAUCUGCAUAAGUCCUAAAAAUUUGCACCGCCUUUGUAGUCUGUGCCGACACCGUAGUCGAUAAGCUUCUUCUUCUCUAUCUUCUCGUUAUGUGACAUUCAUCCUCCGCUGUUGCCAUUUCUAAUAUAAAGUAGUGUAAAGUUCUUACUUAUAUCUGUCAGUAAACUCGCCAUGAAAGCGCUAAAACAUACCGGUGUAGUGAGUUUACAUUAUUCACCCAAGGAACUUUAGUUAUUAGAGGGUUCCGGUCGGACAGUUUUUCACGGGACACAUUUACACCGUUAUUGCGUUAGUGAGCCACGGAUGAGGAGAUGCUGCUCCGUUAUUGAUUGAAGUAAUGUGUGAAUGUCAUUUAAACAGUUAGCGCCAUCUUUUGACACUUCUUCCACUCCCGUCCUUGCACGCUACACCGCUACAACAAAGAUGACGGGGAGAAGACGCUGUCGAAAGUGAGCCCCGUAAAUAAGACCGCCCACAAAACGGCGCAUCCGGAAGCGGCUGUCAGAAAGCGGCUUGAAGAUGAUCUGUAAAACAUAAUCUAUGCAACAUUUUGACCAAAGAACCACCAUCACAUGUUAUGUAGACCACAAGGAAGUUUUUUACAUUUAGAAAAAAAUCAUAAUAUGACUCCUUUAAUGGGUCUUUUGUAUGAAAAUAGACCUGACUAGACCCGCUCAUCGGCAGUGAGCCCUAUGGUCCGGAAAAUACGGUAAUUUUCUCCCACACUUGACACAAUGCUGCGUCUUAUUGAAAUAUAUUUUGGGUGUGACCGAUCACGAACGUGCUCGUACUCCCUGUUGUCAAGGCCGUUAUAUUCAGAACACACACACACACACACACACACACACACACAC